AUGUGAAUUUGUUAGACCAUUAAGGAUAAGAAUUUUAGGGAUUUUUUUAUGUUUCGGCCCAGGCCGAUGAAUCCUCAAGACUGGACCUGCUCCGAAGAGCCGACUGCCGAAGAAAGGAUGCCGCCUCCACCGCCGGACGCCGACCUCCACGGCUCCACCCUCCAGCUGAAUGAAACAAUUGAUAAAGUUCGGCACGAGCAAUUCAAGAAAGAAAGAGGCUACUGGAAACAAGUCAUUUUCAGAAUCAUAGCAUUAGUGAAGUUUUUGGCUAAACAUAAUUUAGCAUUCCAUGGCUCAAAAGAAAGAUUGUAUCAAAAAGCCCAAAAGAUUAAGGAGGAAAUCAUCAAGAAGAUAAAGGAAGCCAAGUACUACUCAAUCAUACUUGAUUGUACACCUGAUACAAGUCACCAAGAGCAGAUGAGUAUGAUAGUGAGGUAUUUAAACUUCUCAGGUAAUUCUAUUAUUGUGGAAGAGUCCUUUUUGGGCUUCUUGAAUGUUAAUGAUACCACCGGAAAAGGACUAUUUGAUGUCACAAUUGAGGAGUUGAAGUCUCUUGGUCUUGAAAUUGAUGAUAUUCGUGGUCAAGGUUAUGAUAAUGGGGCAAAUAUGAAAGGAAAACAACAAAGAGUUCAAAAGAGAUUUUUGGAUGUCAACCCUAGAGCAUUUUACAUUCCUUGUGGUUGUCAUUCUCUUAAUCUUACAUUAUCCACUGUGAAUUUGAGUAGGCCUAAUGUGGCCAGAGUCUGUGUGGAGGUUAACCUUUCAAAGGAACUUCCCAAGGCUAUUUGGAUACACUUAGGUAGCUCAUCCUACCUUCAACCCCUUCUUUUUGAAAAUCUGCCAUCCUAUUGUAACUCCUGCCAUCAAUUGGGUCACAAGUCCUGCAAAUCAGGCACCAGAAACUCUCGCUGGGUUAGGAAAACCAAGCCAAGAGGCAAGGCUGUGGCCCCUGGCCAACCGGACAUAGGGCCAUGCCCUACAAUGAGCAAGAAUGGUCCUCCACCACGUUUGGACAGUACUGCUUUGGCCCCUACAACUGAUGCCAACUUGACUUUAAAUGGCCCUCCCCUUACAGGUUUGGACAGUACUCCUUUGUCCCUCCCAACAGAUGCUAAUUUGGAUGCCUCCUACUUGGAAUGUGCUCAACACCAAGAUACCAAAGACAGGCCAUUACUGAUUGGUCCUUGUGAGCUUGCAUUCACGAAAGAAGGACCCUCCUACCCCGUUGAACAGGAUUUGUCACCCCAGAUCCUCCCCCAAUCUCAAAAUGAUGGUUAUGACCCAAAUCAUACCGAUGAAAAUAUGAGAGCACACGAGACUCACCGUGAGUCCUCGGAUGGCACUCCAUCAGACACUAUGGUCCCUCCCAUUGGAAAUGAUGAUGCUUUAUCUGAUCCAUCUACCCACACCAAAGUUCAUGCUGGAAAAGAUGACGAGGCCGGUAAGGAUGCUCUCUCCGAGGCAGAACCAGUUUCACCCCACACCCAGGAGGAGGAUACUAACAUUUCUUUUGAGCCUAGGUCUUUUUGCAGAUAUAUCAAGGUCAUUGAAGAACGAAGCAUGUUGGCCAUGUGUGCAGCAAUUGUCCCGUGGCGGAGGCUAUGUGGGCCAAGUCACAAUCGAAUGUCGUGGGCGCUUGUGUGUUGAAUGCACUAUAAGGCUAGGGUAUGCGCCUCUUCUACCACCAAUUGGUUUUAGAAGAGUUGGUAGCGCUUAAGGUCCUACAAAGCAGCCCUCGUUACAAGAAUUCCAAAAAUUGAGCUUCACGGAGCAAAUUGCAGAACUGAAACGAGGUCACCAACAACUCAACUUCAUGCAACCAAAAACUCCAUUUCAAUCAAUACAAGGUAUAGGU